CCACCAGCACCAGUGGCCAUAUUACGACAUCACCAUCACCACCAUCACCACCAUCACUACCGCAGGGCGGAUUUUCGAUACGACACGCCGGCCCACGAUGUGCGUGGUGUCUUCACCCCCCUCCCCCCUCUUGAAGACGGCGAUGAGGAUUCCCAUCCAUCCAGCCAGCCAGCCGCUGGUCGGGCCAACGAUUGUCCCCCCCGCUCGACUGUCGUCCAGCUGCGCGAUAGAUAACCAACUAACGUGGAAGACUCGGCACAGGCCAAGACUCCAAUCAAAGGUCCACAUCGAGCCUGAGCAUCACGGUAGCUAUUGCGGGUGCAUACGGGGGGAAUAUUUAAUCCUCGCGGUGCUUGCCCUUCGAGCGGGAUCGGAGCGGAACGAAGGGAGAGUGACAUGCGCGCGUGGAAUCGUUGAGGGUGCGGCCAUCAAUCGUCAUGGGACGGAAAGAAGCCUGCCCCUGACCCUGGCGAUGCCGCACUCUACAUGUCAGACAGUACUAGUAUCCUGUAUAGAUGCUGGGUAUACGCAGACAGGUACCGCCCGGCACUUCGAACGAGAGAGCGCACCAAGAUGUCCUAUGUCGAAACUCUCUCUCUGCCUAUCUCUCUCUCCCUCGAGCCGUGAGCUUAUCCCGACGACAAACAGAUGCAGCUCAUCGCGUGUGUAUGUACGUAUGACUUAUCCGAGAUCUCUCCCCGGGUCACUCUGUCUCGGUUGUCCAGAGGAGGUGUAGGUAAUACUUUACUCCGCUAUAUAGUUGGUAGCCGCCUGCCGUUCCGCUCCAGAUAUGUAGUUGGAUAGAUAUGGAC